CUGUUUAGCUGUAUAUACUAUAAUUAAUUUCAAAGAGGAAAACUGUAACAACUUGCUACUUGAGUACAAUGUAGUAUGGGUUCCGACUUACUCUUGUUGUUUGUAGCGGAUUAUUAGUGUGAACUUCAUCUUGGUGCCGUCAUGGCAGGCCGAGGUCGAGGCCGCGGACGCGGUACUCCCAUGGCAGCGAUCGCGGAUACCCUGGGAUUAGGCCGUGGUGAGCUUGCUGGACUUGCUGGUCUCAUGCAGCCUCCUCCACUCUACCCGCCUCGUGAGUUCAAUGCCUUACCAAUGGAGCCUGACAAGGAGCGCUCUGCAUGUGCGACGUUCGCUCAGCACUUCCGCCUAGCUUGCCGCAAACAGCCGUAUUACAUCCGAAAACCAGCUGAGAAAAAGGGAGUUGAUCGGUACACUGACCGUUACCGUGAGGUAUCUCAUGUCACUGAUAACACCAUUGGCUGGACACCAAACUGGUCUAAAAUGCCAGCCGAGUUGCGCAUCAAGGUUCGCUCUCGUCGCCCUGGAGGAGCUCAAGUGAGCAAGAGCAUGCGACCGAAUUUGGCCGCUAAUCGCAAAAGAACGGGCAACGUUGAUGUGAAAAAGACGUUAGAAAUGCUGGAAGCUAAAGAAAAGGAGGAUGACAACACAGAGGACAAAGAAGACGAAGAUGAUGAUGCAGUGGACGAUGACUAUUACAACGAGGAAGACAUGGAAGAGAACACGGACUACAACGCCACGUACUUUGAUCCUGGCGAGGACUACGGUUUCGAAGACGAGGAUGCCAUGGAUGAACCAGAGUUCUAGUAAGCUGCGCUACGGGUCAUCUACUCGCAAUACUCAUCCAUGGUUCUGAUCGCCUCCUCAACCAGGGUACAUGCCACUGGUGCUCAGGGCCGGGUGUAUCAUACGUAGUGGACUCUACGUUUUAACUCCUCUUUUUUUGUCCAUUGCUGGCGAUGGACAAUCUUUUGAAGCGUGUGUUUGUGUUUUACCCUCCUGUGCCGUUGACCUAGUAUAUAGUAGUUUCUUGAUAUAACCUGUACUUACUUCACUCAGUACUCCAUAAUUAUGAGAAUGGUUGUGCUUGUAACUUGUUAUCGUGAUGAAUCAGUUGUAUUUGUGUCCAUCCUGCCUUGAAGCUUAUGCUGUAUACAUGACCAUUGUCACUUGUGACAUUCACCACUCUUUA